CUCACCCCCAGACACUCACACCAUCCAAAGCCAUCUUUGCACAAGCCACUAGCUCACUACUCACUACCAGUCGAUCUACAUUUCUUCGUCAGAGUUUCAGAGACGCCAUGAAGUACAUGGGGCAGCUGGUGGUGGCGCUCCUGGCCUUCUCGGCGGUGGUGCUGAUGAUGGCGCCGGCUGGCGUGGACGCGGCGACGUGUAACGCGCUGCAGCUGAGCCCGUGUGCGGGCGCGAUCGUUGGGAACGCGGCGCCGACGGCAGUGUGCUGCAGCAGGAUGAAGGCGCAGAGGCCGUGCAUGUGCCAGUAUGCGCGUGACCCCAACCUGAAGCAGUACGUCAACUCCCCCAACGGCAAGAAGGUCCUGGCCACCUGCAAGGUGCCCGUGCCAUCCUGCUAAAUCGACGUCUAUGAUCGAGACGAGAACGAGAGCCCAGCCAGUGGCAUCUCGCUGCAGGCUGCAUGUGUUGAUGUGUAAGUGUUUUUUUUGGUUGCCGUAUGUGGCUACCCCGAAUCCCCCAUGUAUCUGUAUCUGAAAUUCUGAAUAAAUGCAGUAAUAAUGAUGUGUGCGGAUUA